UCAGCGCGCCUUGUUCCGCACUAAUUUUUUGACAGAUCCCGUGACAUUCAUAGAUUGACUGCCGUUGGUGGUGUGCAUGUUUUUUUUGUGGUGCGAAAGAUUAAUUAGUUUUAAUGUAGACGAAAUAAAAUAGAGUAAAUAAAAAUUAUAGUUGAAGAACGUUUGUGGUAAUGUAAAGGAGCGAACACGUGAGUUGUUGUUACCUCACCAAGAGAGAGACGAACUAACCUCAAAAUACAAAUUGAAAGGGGAAAAAAUUAAUUUAAAUUCGAUUAAUAGAAAAAAUAUGCAAAAAUUUGGUUAAAAAAAGUAUAAUGCACACACUCUGGUGGACCACGGGAAGAUUAAUCUCUAGGGUGCUUUGGAGCGGUGUUAACGCUUCGACGUCCGCCUCCGCUUCAUCAACAGACCCAACGAGGCCCUCUCAUCAACCCUCAAACGCUAGGUUAGUUUCGGCGGUUUGCGGAUUUUCCAAACAGAAGAAAAUUGAAAAACUCGUUAAGGGACAAUUCGGAGAUGACGCUUGGUUUUCGGUUAAACAUCAAAAAGCUGACGUUUUAGGAGUAGCUGACGGAGUUGGAGGAUGGAGAGCUUACGGGAUUAAUCCGGGCGAAUUUUCGCUAAAUCUAAUGAAAACAUGCGAAAGAUUGGUGAGGAUCGGAUCUUUUAACGCAACAAAUCCAUCGGAUUUAUUAGCAAAAAGCUACCUGGAGUUGUUGUAUCAUAAAAAACCGAUUAUGGGGAGUAGUACGGCUUGCGUGGUGGUGCUUAAUCGCGAAAAUAGUCGCUUAUACACCGCGAAUAUCGGUGAUAGUGGUUAUAUGGUGGUGAGGAAUGGGAGAGUUGUGCGAAAAUCGGAAGAGCAACAACAUUAUUUUAAUACCCCCUUCCAAUUGUCACUGCCACCACCUGGACACCAAGAAGAUGUUCUUUCUGAUCAACCGGAUUCGGCGAUUACCGAUAAUUUCCACGUCGAAGAUGGUGAUGUUAUCCUUUUAGCCACCGAUGGCGUUUUUGAUAAUUUACCUCAAACUAUUUUAAUUAAUGAACUCGUUAAAGUUCAAGGUGAAAGAUGUCCAAGUCGAUUACAAACCGUAGCGAAUUCGAUAGCUUGGAUGGCAAGGAAUUUAUCGUUUGAUGAAACUUUUAUAUCUCCUUUCGCUGAGAGUGCUUUUGCUAAUGGUAUUAAUACAAUAGGUGGUAAACCAGAUGAUAUAACGGUACUUUUAGCAACGGUGGCAAUUUAAUAAAUUUAAUUGUUUAAAAAAAAAAAUAAAGUAGUGUCAAACAAAUACUAGUGAUGAAAUCGUUAUUUCUAGAUACUAGUUGUGGCAAAAAGUACGCUUAUUAUUUAAAAUUAAUUUAAAAACGAGUCUUGUGAUCAAAAUCGAUAUUUUUUAAUACUUUUUGGGGCUAAAUUAAAUUAUAAUUAGUUUUAUUGUAAAUCGAAUGAAUGAGUGAAUAAAACAUUGAAUUAAUUAUAA